CGACAAAAAUACAAUGACCUAAGCCUACCGCAAAGUGCCUUGAAUGGGCAGCAAGAGGGGAAGUAUUUCUAGGAGACCCCUUUGAGAAUUUCAUUCAAAAACCUAUUCAGAACGACUGGUGAGAGAAGUUGUCAAUCCAUUCCAUGUUUCCGCCGAGUGCCUCUCCAAUCCCUCCCAUUUCCAGGGACAAUCCGACAGCUGCGCUGCAGACCGACUGAGCAACAACGGCGAAAGACGGGAAGUGUGGGACGGGGCAGCGGUUUUCAGCACGGGAGGAAAUGUUAGCCUCGCCACAGUCGUUAAUCGCUACAGUGGUACGACAUAGUACACAAUGAAUGUUGCGCCUAUGCGUCAUUUUCUCUUCCACGAAGAACUCUUCUGACUUCUAAAAGGACUAGUUGGCUGAUUGGCGAUCGAGUGUACAGUGCGUUGUGCCAUUUGGAAAUUCAUUGGCUGGCUCGUUCAGUGUGCUGCUGUUGCUUGCAGGCGGCUGCUGUUCCUCUCCGUGAUUUCAUUGAUAACAGAUUUCUGGGGGCUCGGGGAGUGCAGACGGCUUCAUCUAACGUGGCUUGAAAACAAUGGACUUCAGUAGCAAUCGGGGCUGUUGAUUUUAGUCUCAAAAUAGUGAGACAAACACGAACUUCUUUUUUAUUCAUGUAGCCACUUUUCAACGGGUGGGAUGCAACGCUUGUUCUAGGCGGACAGCAGGACGAAUUGUUGGCAAGUUUUGAACUCCAGUUAACUAGCUGCUCCUUUGGCAGUCACUAGAACUUUAAAAUGUCUAAUACUCCGAAGUUCAAGAAAGAUAAAGAAAUAAUCGCGGAAUACGAGAGUCAAGUCAAAGAGAUCCGGGCCCAGCUGGUGGAGCAGCAGAAAUGCCUGGAGACGCAGACGGACAUGCGGGUCCAGCUGCUGCAGGACCUGCAGGACUUCUUCCGCAAGAAGUCCGAGAUCGAGAUGGAGUACUCCCGCAACCUGGAGAAGCUCGCCGAGCGCUUCAUGGCCAAGACCAGGAGCACCAAGGACCAUCAGCAGUACAAAAAAGACCAGAACCUGCUGUCCCCGGUGAACUGUUGGUACCUGCUGUUGAACCAGGUGCGACGGGAGAGCAAGGACCACGCCACGCUCAGCGACAUCUACCUGAACAACGUCAUCAUGCGCUUCAUGCAGAUCAGUGAGGACUCCACACGCCUGCUCAAGAAGAGUAAGGAAAUAGCAUUUCAGCUGCAGGAGGAUCUGAUGAAGGUGCUGAACGAGCUCUACACAGUGAUGAAGACGUACCACAUGUACCACACGGAGAGUCUGAGUGCGGAGAGCAAGCUGAAGGAGGCAGAGAAGCAGGAGGAGAAGCAGGGGGGCGGCCCCGUCUUCCACCUGCGCCUGGAGGACAAGAACCCGCGCCGCAGCUCCGUCAAGAAGAUGGAGAAGAUGAAGGAGAAGCGGGCAGCCAAGUACUCGGAGAACAAGCUGAAGUCCAUCAAAGCCCGGAACGAGUACCUGCUGACGCUGGAAGCGACAAACUCCUCCGUUUUCAAAUACUACAUCCACGACUUGUCUGACUUAAUUGAUUGCUGCGACCUAGGCUACCACGCCAGCCUGAACCGGGCGCUGCGCACCUACCUGUCGGCAGAGUACAAUCUGGAGACGUCGCGCCACGAGGGCCUGGACAUCAUCGAGAACGCCGUGGACGGCCUGGACCCACGCAGCGACCGCCAGCGCUUCAUGGAGAUGUACCCCACUGCCUUCUGCCCGCCUGCCAAGUUCGAGUUUCAGUCCCACAUGGGCGACGAGGUGUGCCAGAUCACGGCCCAGCCCCCUGUGCAGGCUGAGUUGAUGCUCCGUUUCCAGCAGCUGCAGUCGCGUCUCGCCACACUCAAGAUCGAGAACGAGGAGGUGAAGAAGACCUCAGAGGCUACGCUGACCACUGUCCAGGACAUGGUGACGGUGGAGGACUACGACGUGUCCGAGAGCUUCCACCACAGCCGCUCCACUGAGUCAGUCAGGUCCAGCGUCUCGGAGACCUACCUGAGCAAGCCCAGCCUGGCCAAGAGGCGCGCCAACUUGCAGGAGACCGAGCAGUUCUACUUCAUGAAAUUCCGGGAGUUUCUUGAAGGCAGCAAUCUCAUCUCCAAGCUGCAGGCCAAACAUGACCUGCUGAAGCGAGCACUGGGAGAGGGUCACCGAGCUGAAUACAUGACUACCAGGCCCCCAACCCUCCCCCCCAAACCAGGGGGGACGCGGCGGCCCCGUCCCCGCUCAGUCUUUAGCGUUAAGCUCUUUAACGGCAACCUGGAGGCCUACAUCAAGGACUCUGGUCAAGCCAUUCCACGUGUGGUGGAAAGCUGCAUCCGGUUCAUCAAUCUUUAUGGCCUGCAGCAUCAGGGCAUCUUCCGCGUGUCCGGCUCUCAAGUGGAGGUCAACGACAUUAAAAACUCUUUUGAGAGAGGCAAUGACCCCCUGACGGAUGAGGAGAACAACCACGACAUAAACUCUGUGGCUGGAGUGCUCAAGCUCUACUUCAGAGGCCUGGAAAACCCCCUCUUCCAAGAGAGGUUCAACGACCUCCUCACCUCCAUCAGAAUAGAGAACCUUUACGAGAGGGCCCUGUACAUCCGUAAGAUCCUGUUGACUGUACCCAGAUCAGUGCUGAUCGUCAUGCGGUACCUCUUCGCCUUCCUGAACCAUCUGUCCCAGUACAGCGAUGAGAACAUGAUGGACCCGUACAACCUGGCCAUCUGCUUCGGACCCACCCUCAUGCCCACGCCGGACCUCCAGGACCAGGUGUCGUGCCAGGCACACGUCAACGAGGUCAUCAAGACCAUCAUCAUCCACCACGAGACCAUCUUCCCCGACUCCAAAGAGCUCGAUGGGCCCGUCUAUGAGAAGUGCAUGGCCGGAGGAGACUACUGUGAGAGUCCUUACAGUGAGCACGGAGUGCUGGAGGAGGUGGACCAGGACGGAGGAGCAGAAACACACACCAGUGAGGAUGAGGGAGAGCCCAUCGAGGCCAUUGCCAAGUUUGACUACGUGGGCCGCUCUGCGCGGGAGCUGUCCUUCAAGAAGGGGGCGUCUUUGCUGCUGUACCAGCGGGCGUCCGACGACUGGUGGGAGGGCCGCCACAAUGGCAUGGACGGGCUGGUGCCACAUCAGUACAUAGUGGUGCAGGACAUGGAUGACACGUUCUCCGACACCCUGAGCCAGAAGGCGGACAGUGAGGCUAGCAGUGGGCCAGCCGCAGACGACAAGAACUCCGGCAAAGACAUGAACUCCCCUACUGAUGCCCGGAUACAGGAGGCCUACAUCAGUCGGCACAGGAAGCGGAGUGACCCCCCCUCUCGCCACCCCCCAGGUCGCCCUGGCGACGGCCACUGUGCUGUGCACCCCUCCCAGGGACACGGGCCCCCAUCGGACGGCGGAUCCCCAGUGUUGGGUCACUACGGGCCACGCGACCUUCUGAGAAGUCGGGGUCACGGAGGUCACAUAGGUCACGGCCCACAGGACAGUCCGGAGAGGCGGCGGCGGACGGGUCACGGCUCGCUCACCAACAUCAGCCGCCACGAGUCGCUGCGUAAGAUGGAGAGCCCGCCCAUCCGCCGGUCCACCUCCUCGGGCCAGUAUACCGGCUUCAGCACGGACCCGCACACACACUCACACCACCCCAAGAGCCUGGACCCAGAGAGCAUUGCACAGGACAUAGAGCAGACGAUGAACACUGCUCUGAAUGAGCUGCGUGAGCUGGAGCGCCAGAGCUCGGUGAAGCACGCGCCCGACGUGGUGCUGGACACUCUGGAGCAGGUCAAGCACCAGCCGCAGCCUCAGGGUGGCGCCGGCGAGCCCGUCAGCCCGCUGCACGGCAUGCUGGUCCACCAUCGCCACGGCGACGGGCCGGGCAUCAUGCGCCGCAGCACCAGCUCCAACAGCGACGCCAUGACGACCUUCAAGCCCACCGUGGCGCCCCGCAUGGGGGUGCAGCUCAAGCCGCCCGCCCUCAGACCCAAGCCCAUGGUGCUGCCCAAGACUGCCACCCCACCGCACCCACACCCGCACGCCCACGCCCACGCCCACCCACAGCCCUCCGCACCCCCACCUCCGCAGGAGGCCGUGGACAAGUCCUGCACCAUGUGAGGGGGAUGCUGGACUGGGGGUGGGUCUGAGGGACAGGGACGGAGAAGGUGGCUGUUCUGAUGGGUCUUCCCAGAGACACAGCUUGUCCACCUCCACCCCACAGCACACCACCCCUCACCCCCAGAGGAGUGCUAUGUAUAAGCCUGCUGUUCCUGGACCAAGUCGGAUGUCACAACGGCAGGGAUUCUCCACUUUGGGAAUGUAGUUUAAUCUGGGACUAGUCCUAAUCCCUGUCCGAGAGAGCAGAGCCAAUGGUCUGACCUCAUGGGAUGACUUUAACAGGACCACUCAAGUGGGGAGUGAGGGGUGCUGAUGUUUCUUUCUUUUUUUUAAAGUAAAUACAGUAGCGGUGUAAUAUUUACAUUUAUGAGAUGCUGGUCUCACUGAUCUUACUGUUGAUCAUUGAUAAUAUGUCACUAAGACAGCCCAACAUUUUGAAAAAUAGCGACAUAGUUUCUAAUAAAGACGUAUAGUUUUUUCUCUCUCUUUUAAUGUGUAGUGAGUUAACCAUUUCCAAAUUAUUCACGUUUAUUAUACUUAGUGGAAAAGGAUGGGCAUUUUAAAGACUCUUAGUUACAGGUCAGCCGCAGAGAAGACAUUUAGCAGUCUUUUAGAACUAUUUGCAUGGUCAGAUAGUUUAUUAGUCUUUUUUGUCAGAAUCACUAGGUGUUUUUAGAGUACAAGUAACGCAGCAAAUCACAAAAGCUUCCAGUAGCGAUGAGUACAAAGUGACAUUGACAUUGUUGGAGUUGUAGUUUACAGCCACUAGAGAAAACAAAACAAAACAAAAAUGUGAAUGGCACAGUAGGCACCUCACAGCUCUGGAUGCUGUUUAAGUUUACAACUUCAGUUAGGCAUCAUGGGAAAUGUAGUUUCAGCAUUCCAGAUUUCUGUUUCAGCAUUCAGCAUUUUAGCAGCGUUGUGAAAUGGCCUUACAGUCAGUCAGAAAUAGAAUGGCAGUCUCCCUCAAAUAUUCGCAAAUGCCUUUUUUUCCUUGUCUCUCUUUAGUCAUUCCGAUUAAACACCUUUAAUGGUUUUUACAACCAAUAGCAAUACUGAAGUCCCUUACUAGCCAAGCCCACUGUCCACUCAGAACUGUAGACAUGGAAAGAAAGGCAUGGUGUGUGUAAGUAGAGUACUUGGACCUGUUCCUCACCGCUGCUGUCAUGUAUAACUUAUUUUUAGAGUAGCCAUUCCCACGGGUUCUGAAGAGCAUCUUUUUGUUUUUCUGUGAUAUGGAUGGAAGCUGUGUGUGUGUGUGUGUGUGUGUGUGUGUGUAUGUGUAUGCCACACGGCACAGGGAAAUAGAGACACCAAACAUGUAGAGAGAGAGAGAGAGAGAGAGAGAGAGAGAGAGAGAAAGAGAGAGAGAGAGAGAGAGAGAGAGGGCAAAGCUGUGGCAAAGAGCUCUUCAGUCCCGCAGAUAAACCCUGUGCAAGCCCAGCUAGCUGCUGACCUGGAGUUAGCCCCAUCUGGGACUAUACUGGACCAUAGCCAGGUGUCAGUCAGAUGAUGACACGACCGCGAUCACUAAUGACGAUGAACCAUCCUGCAAAGUCACGCAAAAGGAUGCUUUUUCAUAAUGUGAAGUUGUGAACUGACCUGUUAGGCUAGGUAAGGUGGUCAUUAUAACACCUACAUUGAAAGCAAAACAAAAUGAGCAAACUCUCGUCUUGAUGAGUUUUUUUAGUAUAUUCUCUGCAAUGGCAACUUUUGGAAAAGAAAACAAAAAAACCUGCUGGCUGGUCCUUUGAGCAUCCUCCCCCAACUGUUUACAGGGAGGACACCUACAUCCCCCAAUCCCUGCCACUUGGUCAUCAUGCACUCAUGCCUGGCUUUCCCUUGCCUGAGGAGAUGCUAUCUGCAAUGCAACGAGAUGGGUUCCGUUCUCUAUAGCUACACCUUUCCAACAACUCUACAUUCUACCAGAGCAUCUUUUCACAAAGACUUGUUGAAGUGACUCAGCGGCCACACUCGUGUGAGAGUAUGCUGCCAGUAGCCAUGGACUCAGUGACUGUUACUCUGACUCUCCCACCCCCUCCUCCCUCCAUGUACACGUGUGUGUGUGUGUGUGUGUGUGCACUUAUGCUGUGAGGUUUCUGAUGGGUGUGUGGUGAGGGGUACUGCGCCCUCGCUGCCAGCUGCCUGUGUAGCCGCCACCAGAACUGGGGUCAAACGUGUCUCAGACAAAAUGCCGAUAGUCUAGUAGUAGUACCUGCACAGUCGGAUGGCAGGAUCUGGAGGAGAAUUUAAAACACUUUCAAAAAUGCUCCCUGGACUGUGACCUCGCUGUCUGCUGUUGGCUUAUUGUGCAGUGGGACAAAAAUAAAUGUGUGUGUGUGUGUGUUUAGCUAAAAAGCAUUUCAGCAUGGAGUGAACUUUCUGUGCAUAAUUAGUGUGUGUGUGUGUGUGUUUGUACAGGUGUGUUUGAGAUGCAGAUCGGAUCCCAGUCAGGCUUCUCCUGCUGCUGACGGAUGAUGAAUGAUGCAUGCUAAGGCUAUGUCUACCAGGGAGACACUCGCUCUUUCUCUCUCUCUCUCUCCCACUCUCUCUUUCUCUCCCAUCCUCUCUUUCUCCCUCUCCCUACCUCACUCUCUUUCUCUCCCUACCUCACUCUCUUUCUCCCUCCCUCUUUCUCUCCCUUCCCCUCUCUCUCUCUCUCUCUCUCCAGGACUCUGGAAGAGAGAUGGGCCAUACCACCUCAGAACUCCCAGGUGAUAUAAUGCUGAUAAAAAACGCUUGUGAAUAAUUCAUGGCGGCCCUUUUCACGAGAGCUGUGUGAGCGGGAGCAGCACACGUGAGCUACUGAGUGCACGUUGUCUGCGGAGGAAUACAGUUUGUGUGUGUGUACAGGCACGUGCACAAUUUUCUUAGAGCAGGGCAAGAGAUGGUUUAAUUAUAUACUUUCAGAUUACUCUCAGAAUGUGUGUGUGUGUGAGUGUAGGGUUUAAUAAUAGACUGUCGUAUGUCUAUCUCUGUGUGUGUGGGUGUGUGUGUGUGUGUGUGUGUACUCCAGAUGUCACCACUGUUCAUGCCACUCUGUGUAAACUUAGUACUGUCGGCACAACUAUUUCAUUAUGUUUAAAAAAACAGAUCAUUAGGUGGUGACCUCAUGUUUUGUUUUUGUGUUAUUGUAUUAUAUACCCAUCCUCUCUGUAACUUCUUCAGAUCCAUACCCUGUCAGUGCCCCCUGUUCAUUUUGUACAGUGUAUAUGAUUUGCCUUGGGGACGACUAACCCAUUUAUUUUUUAAAUGUAUGAUGAUAAAUGAUUGGUAUACUUAAUGUAGGUUGUUUAGCUUUAGCUCAGUCUAGACACCAGGGGGCGUACUCCAAGUAUGUGGUUUGGUGAUAAACCUGGGUACGUUAACUUGGACUAAGUGGUAAACCUUCCCAUAGAAGAGUCCUGUGACUUUAUCCUCUUAGCAAAACAAAGCCAUUGGGUUCAUUUUAGGAGGUUUGUCAGGGUGAACUUUCGCCAGAAUUAUAUAUAUAUAUAUAUACUAAGCCACAUGCUUGGAAGACUUCCCCGAUAGCUGCCAGCCCUGGAACGGAACCAGCCCAGAUUUGGGCCGGAUCAGGGGCGCGUGCAGCCGGGCAUCCGCUGCUGUCUGGGUGGCAGGUUUGUGGGGGGGCUGUGGUUGAGGACGGAGACCCCUGAUCUAGCCAUUGCACUAGGAGGCUCACGGGUGGCGCUCUUCAGCUCACACAGCCACCCACCCAGCACAGCCUGUCUUGUUUGUUUGUUUGUUUGUUUGUUUGUUUACCAUCCAUGUCACCGUGUCCCUCGUACAUCAGUAGCAUGUACACGUGAAAGUGCCUUUGAAACUCGUCACUCGUGCUCUGUCCUGUCGUCUCAUCUCCAGCCCCUAGAGUAUGGGCAAGACAGCGGGAAUAGGAAUUAAUAUUAGUAAAUAUUAUUGCUAUUAUUAUCAUUGGUAAUGAUGUAGUUUCAAUAAAGUUAUAUGAACGAUCAAAUAAUUAAUCAAGUACUGCUUAUCGAGUGUGACACGCACUUUUAUGUAUAGGACUGUAUAUUUGGCAUGUAACAUCUUAACAAGUUAUAAUGGAGCUCUUUGAGAAUGGUUCUCUCAAAGUGUUUCUUUCUAAUAAAGGCAGAAGUUUGGUCAGUG